GCGUGUAUUGCAUGAAAACAACAAUGGAAACUGAGCACGGAAGGAUGUCGUCUUGCUCAAGCGCGGGCUGUCUACUUGACACAAAUAUUUGCCUCUGCUGCAAGCACAAGUGACUACUGCGGAACCAAGAACCAGACAGGAAAUACACGGUACAAGUAAACGCCGACCAAAUAUAAUCAGCAUUUGCGCAGUUUAGGUGUAAUGGAAUAUCCUGGACUCGGCAGUCUGCAUCCUUUGUGGGCCUUUAAAGGACCUGAGUGCACUAAAUUAUGGACACGACGGAUGCAGAAAGUCUUCCCCGCCCGUCCGGCAUCACCAGUGCGGCUUGUUUUAGUCUUCCCGCGAGCAGAGGACUUCCUGGCCUUGGUCCCGGAAGUGUCUCCUCCCCCACUACUGCGAGGAGACUGACGUCCCUCCGAACGCGGGACCUGACACUAGGAGGCGCCAUAAAGAAAAAGAAGAAAACGUUUGAACCGAACAUUCACGCUGUGAGGAAAAGCAAAGAUGAUUUAAAGGAAGAGGUCAGAGUUGCUCCAAAAAGAGGGAGUAGACAGAGGGACGGGAGGAGAAGAGAGAACAGAGGAAGGAGAAAAGCAAAGCCUGAGACCAUCCAGUCUCACUCCAUCUUCGAGCAGGGUCCUGCUGACACGCUGCGAAAAACAGGCUGGAUUGCUGCUUCAGACGUGUGUGACUCCGACAUCUCUCCUACCUGUAAACCUGUGAAACAAGAGAGGAAAGAAUCUGACGAAGACGAGUUGCUCAGAAAACUACAAAGAGACGACUUCAUAUGUGACCCAAGUUUGAGGAAUGACGCCAAGCUGAAACCCAUCCAGUUGCCUCUGUGUCAGAAAAGCACAGAAUGUCAAGAGAAGCCUCCUCUUCUCAGACCGCCAUCCGGUGCACCUCAGGUUAAUACAGGUCAUAACAACAUCGAGCAGCCUUCUUUGGUGAAGAAAUUGGAGGAUCUGCGCCUGUCUGACAGGGAGGAGCUCUUCUUCAUGCAGUUGCCAGACUGUAUGCCUGCCAGAGCAAAAAAAGCUAACUGUGCUCCUGAACCCAGGUUUGAGAAAGUCAGUAAAAAGUCUGAGGACAAGAAGCCCGUGCAGGGAAAAGAACAAGAGUCUCGUUCGGUCAGGUGCUCUCCAGUGCUGUCGGAAUUCCCUGAGGGAUUUCUGGGUAAACUCCAAAUACGAAAGUCAGGAAAGGUGGAGCUGAAGCUGGGCGAUAUUAUCAUUGACGUCACUGAUGGAGCUGCAUUCUCGUUCCUCCAGCAACUGGUGUCUGUGAGUCUGAGCGACGGCAAGAACGGAGACAUGAUGGUGUUAGGAAAUGUCCAACACAAACUGGUUUUAUCGCCCAACUUCCAAACUCUGGUGGAACAGUCGACAUCACAACAAUCGUGAUCAAGGCUCGUCUUCAGCGGACAAAGUGACGUGUUGGGGAAGAAGCACUCACUUCUGGCAGCUCGGAAGUUACGCUCAACACACAGAACCUAUGUCACUGAGCAAUUGUACUUGUGGUCCUGAAGAAAGGAUGAAUUUAAAAUUAAUAGGUGUGUUUUCUAAUGUGCCAUUCAUUUUAGUAAAUGUUACAAAUUAAAGCCUUUCAAGAGGAUUGCACCGGAUAAUAGGUUACUAUGGAGGGACUACAAGGUAGACCAUCAUGUUACUUAGCACUGAUAAUAGGCGUCUCAAAAUGUAAAGUAGUUCAAGUGUAAACACACAGUACAGUUUUGACAUUCACAUAUGUCCUGUUUUAUUUGUACUUUUCAUAUACAUUUUAUUCUUACAUGUUUGUGUAUUUUUUUCUGUAUUGUCAUAAUGCUAAUUUUUUAUAGACGAAUACAAGAUUCUAGUGAUGUCACUGCCAAAGCAUUGGGAUAUUGUACUCUUAAUGGAAUUUUUACAAUAAAAAACAACAAAAACAAUUUAAUUAUUGGGAAUAUU